CGGCGCCUCCGCCGUAGGCUGCGCUGUGCCCGCUCCGGCGCUUCGUUGAGGCUUGCGGUGUAGUGUGAUUAACGUCUUGAGAGGGCCGUAAAGCUGACCUAGGCGUGCCUGGGUGCGAGGUGUCCCUCCUUGUUUGGGUCCCGUUAACGAGAAGACGCUAUAGAAACGUAGGUUCAGCUCCCCACCCCCCGUUCUAUAGAGUGUGUGUACGUACCGGUAUCUGCUGCGGCGGACAUUGCACACAGGCGAAGAGUAGAAACUAUACUACGUGGCAGAGUAGUAGAUCGGGUAGUCCAAUGUGUUUCUUCUAAUUCCUUCAGAUAACUCAGUGUUUUGAGCCUGGAAAAUACCCCUGAAUACCUGGUGUUCAGGGCACUUGGGAGAGAGGACGUGGGUUUUGCUUCGCGGGUGCUGUCGGAGACCUUUGUGCUGAAAAGAAAAUGCUGUCUUUUUAACUGCAGAAGAACAAGGCUUUGUCUUCCUGUAAUUCUGAAGUGAAAGUUGUCAUCAACAAGAAAACUAGAACCUUUUAAAGAUAGGCCGUAGUAGUAGAAUGCUGAAACAAACUUCUGGAUUAGCUUCAUUGGCUUUCCUGCUUCUUUUGCAUCCCAAAGCAUAAGCUUAAAUCGUCUCAGAAGGACAAGGUCCGCCAGUUUAUGGCAUUUACCCAGGCUGGUGAAAGGACUGCUAUUUACUGCUUAAUGCAGAAUGAAUGGAAACUAGAAGUGGCAACAGACAACUACUUCCAGAACCCAGACUUGUACUACAAAGAAUCCAUGAAAAACUCGGUAGACAAGAAGAAAUUAGAACAAUUGUAUAAUCGAUACAAAGACCCACAAGAUGAAAAUAAAAUUGGCAUUGAUGGAAUUCAGCAGUUCUGUGACGAUUUAAGCCUGGACCCAGCCAGUAUCAGUGUCCUAGUUGUAGCAUGGAAGUUCAGGGCAGCUACUCAGUGUGAAUUCAGUAAAAAGGAAUUUGUUGAUGGGAUGACAGAGUUGGGGUGUGACACCACAGAAAAACUAAAAGCUCUAUUGCCAAGACUGGAACAAGAGCUAAAGGAUCCAAUAAAGUUCAAAGAUUUUUAUCAGUUUACUUUUAACUUUGCUAAGAAUCCUGGACAAAAAGGUCUAGAUCUAGAAAUGGCAAUUGCAUAUUGGAAUUUAGUGUUGUCAGGAAGAUUUAAAUUUCUAGAGCUUUGGAAUAAAUUUUUGUUGGAACAUCAUAAAAGAUCAAUUCCAAAAGAUACUUGGAAUCUUUUGUUAGACUUUGGAAAUAUGAUUGCAGAUGAUAUGUCCAACUAUGAUGAGGAAGGAGCCUGGCCUGUGCUUAUAGAUGAUUUUGUGGAAUAUGCACGACCAGUAGUCACAGGAGGAAAACGUAAAACUUCCUAACACCAGGCUUGUCAAUAUGGACUAAACCUGCGUUCUGAACUGCAUUAGGUAAUGAAGAUUUGUUAGCUGAUAACUGUGCACAUUGGUGCUGGUUUCAGUGCUUGCGAUGAGAUUCUGCAAACAAAACAGAAAUUCUUCCUUUCUGCCUCAAGAAAAUGAUGGCUGACUCGUGGACACUUGAACAAACUCAGAAGAUAGUCCAGGCUGUCUGUGGGCUACUGGCUUCAAUUAUUGUACUGGUUGUAUCAUAUAGGAUGUAGAUUUUGCAUGAUUUUAUACUUUGGAGAAGUUUAACUAGAGGCAAUUUUAUUAAAGUUUUGACAGCACAGCAUGCCAUUCAGUUCAUGAUCCAGAGUGAACACCAGCAGUUACAUAAAUAAGACUGUAUGAUAUUGUACUUAUAGUAAAAGCAGUAUUUGUGGUAUAUAAAUUAAAUCCCUAAAUAAAACUUA